AUGGCAGCUCCACCACCCGGCAGUGAUCUCUCCCAAGAUAGAUCCCUCCAGGUGGCCGCACCCGACUGGGCGCUACUGGGCCUCGCAACAUUCGCAGUUGGCCUCCGUUUCACUGCAAGGAUUGUUAGCAAAGCAAACUUGUGGUGGGAUGAUUUGGCCGUCUGCAUAUCAUUGGCCUUUGCCUUUACGAACGGCACACUUGGCUACAUUGCUACCCAGAAAGGUAUCGGGAGACACAUGUGGGCACCUGGCGUCGACCCCGUUGCAGUAACCAAGCUUCUCUGGUACUGCGAAUUUACUUACAGUUUUGUUGUCUCCUCGACCAAAAUCUGUAUUAUUUUGUUCCUUCAUCGGAUUUUCCCAACACCCUCCUUCCAAAGGGUGUUGUAUUUUCUCUCCUUCCUUGUCCUCGGCUGGCUGAUCGCCGUCUCAUUCGUUGCUGGUUUCCAAUGCCGGCCAUACCAAUAUUUUUGGUUGCAAUAUUUUGAUCCUAAUGCCAAGGGAGAGUGUAUCGAUCUGGGUCACUUCUACAUAGCCAACGGCGCUUUAAGCGCUGGCACGGAUUUCCUGAUCCUACUAUCGCCUAUUCCCAUGGUCAUGUCACUGCAAAUGCCGGUUAUGCAAAAGUUCUCGGUCAUUGGUAUCUUCUUGCUCGGUGGCUUUGGUUGUGUUGCCGGCGCCAUUCGCGUAUACUUCUUGACCUAUAUGUACCGAAGCAAUGAUAUCACCUGGAACCAGACUGACUGCUUCAUCUGGUCCUGUGUUGAGCCCGCUACUGGUAUUAUCUCGGCCUGCCUUCCCACUCUUAGGCCUCUGCUUCGUCGUUUCUUUCCGACGAUUUUCAGCACUCAAGGUUCCUCCAAGAACAACGGAUCUGCAUCUCAUAACCUCAGUCAGAAUGGUGAAUUCUAUCGCCUUCAUCCAACACCGAAGAACGCUAUCUACCGGGAUCAGGAUGAGGAUGAAUUAAUCCUAACCGAAGCCGUUGGGGGAACCCACUCCAUUCCCAAGAGUAGUGACGGGAUAAUUGCUGUGGAGAGGGAGAUCGAAUGGUCUGAAUCUUCCAGAGUGUCCCCUCGCUGA